AUGGAUAGUGGAAUAAAUGUUUCCUCAUCAGAUCAGGGAAGUCAGUAUAGUGCUGCUGAAGAUGAAGAUGAUUCAAAUCCAAGUUUACUUCGAAGAACAACAAUUGGAAAUGGUCCUCCUAAAUCUAUAUUGGACUGGACUCAAGAAAGUUCUACAUUAGCAACCCAAAAUGCAACUAAUCAAGCAAUUUCUAGGAAACACUGGAGGCUUCUUCAAUGCCAGAAUGGACUUCGUAUCUUUGAAGAGCUUCUUGAAGUUGAUUUUCUUCCAAAGAGCUGUAGUAGGGCUAUGAAGGCUUCUGGUGUUGUGGAAGCCAGUUGUGAAGAAGUAUUUGAGUAUAUAAUGAGUAUGGAUGGAACACGUUCUGAGUGGGACUGUAAUUUCCAGGAUGGUAGCCUAGUUGAGGAGGUUGGAUCUGGGAAAGGUCAAGUUAUUGAGAUGGGACUCAUAACCACCUCAUUGCUUAGUGGCGACAAUUCUCCUAUACUAGUUCCAAAUCUCAUGUUUUCUAGUGAGCCUAUUAUAAAGAACACAACUGCUUUUUGGCAUGCAAUGAAGUCCAAGAUAUUUCUUGGAGAUGAUGAGACUAAGGAGAUCUACAAGAUGUGUUAUGCAAAAUGCAAGCCAGUGAUACUGGAACUUGUGAUGUUGGUAGAAUUGAAAGUCCCAACCGAAUUUCAGGGCACUGUUGCUGGAGACUUGAACAUGAGAAAAGGAAUAAUUGUUGGAAAUGACCAAGAUGGAGAUGAUUCUGUUAUCAAUGCCCUUGUAAGUCCCACUGAACAAUAUGUUUGGAUACUCAACAGCUCUUCGUUCCAUGACACUGUUUGUUUAUAUCAAUGCUACUUCAGAAAGCUUGUGUAUAAUAUUCAGAACGUAUCCCUAGAAGGCCAGGCUAUAAUUGGAAUGAUGCACCUGGUAUGGGCUGUAUUGAAGCUUGGAUUCUUGGAAAAGGGUAUCAUGUGGAAACAGAAGCAUAACAAUAAGAAGUAG